AUGCAAAAAGUAGCAAAAAAAACAUAACAUUUUGCUAAAUCUAUGGAUUCAAUAAAUCCACGAUCCAAAUCUUGUUCUCCAAACGACCCCUUAGUUGGAAUGUUUUAAAAACGAUACACUUUUACAAUGCACUUCAUACAUUCAUUGUAUACUCAAAUGAUACUCUGUGAGACCCAAUUUUAUCAGGAUUAGGGAAGGGUGCAGAUACUAAUUGUUUUCGCGGGGCAUUAAUUAAUACCUAACUUCCGAAUUGGCCCUAUCUAACCAUAAUUAAAAAAAUUCCUAUUCAAUAUUAAUUAGCAGUGGCUAUAUGAUCCGGUCCGGUUAAAUUUGACCAAAUUGAUCCUGUCCCAGUCCGGUCUUUUCGGGAAUAUAAGGACCAAAAAUUGGAUUGGAUACAGUCCGGUCUUGAUCCGGUUCGGUCCCAAUUUUAUCUUGAUUUUAGGUGUUGGGGGUCUCCUAUCCGGUCUUUAUCCGGGGUUUUUACCUCAAAUCUAAGCCCGAAUAUGAGAUUGAAUUGUUUGCUAUCCGGUCUCAAUCCAGUCCCGAUCCGAGUUAUACGAUCCGGUUUCGAGUAAAACCAAACAGUGAGACCAAAUAACCAGCCCUAAUAUUAAUGGAGUAGAGGAUGUUCGAAGCGCGAGAGAACCACCUCCACCUAAGUGAAGUUUCGUCACCAAUGUACAAAUAUAUAACUCAAUGAAUGGUUGCGCGGUUAGUUAAAUCGAAAUUAUAUAAUCUCCUGUAACUGUGAGGGAAAAGUACACGUCAGGGAGUAAGGGCCUUGGGGAGCGGCGUGGCAGUCUGUGGUUGGAUGGAGUGGGUGAGGUGGACCCCACUUUCAAAAAUGGGGAGGUCCACGUGUACUGCAGGUAGUAGAUUCAGAGUUCACGACUUCACGUGAGCUUUGUAGCUGCCGCUCAGUGACUCGCCAGUCGCCACUUAGUAGCAGCAGCGUGAGAGCAGGGAAAAGAAAGAAAAAAAAUAAACAGGUCGGAUAUGGCGGAAAUGGUCACGGGAGUUUGGGAUCACUAGCAAUUAUUAGUACUUAGAUUUUGUACCUUUAACAUUAUUUGAAAUCGAGGUGAAACAGGGUUACUUGGACGAAUAUCCUAUUAUUGUUGGGGAGAUGGAAUUGGAUGAAGUGCGAAUUUGCUGAAGCUUAACACUAAUAAUAUCCUAUUAUUAGUGUUUGUAUUUCUCGUUUUAGGGUUUCAAGCUCAUUUUAAGGCUUCGUGCAUGGAAAAUGUGGGAGGAGACUCUCAAAUUCUAGAGGGAGAGAGAGUUCACAGGCUCACUAGUGGCUUAAAGGUUUGUAAGGGCAUUUUUACGGUUGCCCAGGAAUAUUUUUUCAAGUGUAAAUUCAGAUAUUUGGAGGAAAAACUCCUAGAGCGGCUUCAGGGGUGGAAGCAAAAGACGUUGUUGUGGGCUGCUAAGGAAACUUUAAUUAAGUCCAUAGCAUUGGCUCUUCAAUUGGUUAGCUGGAUGGAUAAGCCGAGCUGGAUUAAAGUUUGGGAGGCAAAAAUUCCUCCGAAGUUGAAGGUAUUUGUUUGGCAAAUUCUUAAUCGGGCUCUGCCGACUAUGGAGGCGCUUAUUGAGAAAAAGGUCCCGGUGCUACAACGGUGUCCAUUUUGUUGGGAUGGCCCAGAGACAAUGGAACACUUGUUCCUUUAUUGUCCGGUGGCGCGGGCUCUCUGGGAUUAUUCUGGGCUGGAAUAGUUGAGAGAGGGUUUGCCUCGGCAGACUUUUCCUUUGUUUCUCAAACGUCUGUUGGGUUUGAUCCAUCACCCAUCGAUGGUUAUGGCUGUUGUUGCCAUUCUUUGGAGGAUCUGGAGAUCUCGGAAUCGGGUGGUCUUUGAAGGCAAGCAAUUUGGGAUCCCGGCACUCAUGCGACAGUUUUACCAGCAGUAUGAGGAAUGGAUGGGUCUUCCGGCGGAUCAGGCGCCUAGGGUACAACUCCCGAUAAUGCCCUCAACAUCACAUUUGGAUGAUUCCCAUUGGGUUUGCAUGUGGGACGGGGCUACUAAGAGUGGGUCUCAUCCGGCUAGUAGGAUGGUUCUUUUUGACCCAGCUCGGACACUCUUUCUGGCUAGAGGGGUCCAGUUUGCUCAAAUGGAUGAUCCUGCUGUGGUGGAAUUGCAUGUGCUUAGGGAAGCUAUUAUUUGGUGUAUGGAGCAAGAUUUGUCGGAGGUCCGAUUUGAGGGCGAUGCGAAGGUGAUAAUCGACAAAAUUAAUCAGGCCAACACAAGAGAUAGCCGGUUGGGUGCUGUUCUUGAAGAGAUUGAUCAGUAUUUUCGUGCUCAGCCUGGCUUUAGUGUGCGUUUUGUAGGUCGGGAGAACAAUAGGGUAGCUCAUUUGGUAGCUAGGAAAGCCCUCUCUUUGUACCCGACUAUGAGUUGCUUUUUUGAUUUCCAGACCUGGCUGGUUUCCAGGGUGUAACUAUCUUCUUAUUUGAUCAAUAUAUGAUAUCUUUUGACAAAAAAAAAGAUCGACAUCGUUCGUACGUAACUAGACAAAAUUAUGAAAUGCAAGUUCGAUAAAAGUAGUGAUCAAUUUGUUAAUCGCUCUAGAUCAAGUUCGAUAAGAGUUACAAUUUGGUGCAAAUAAGGGUUUGGUUCGAUGGUAAUAUUAUAUUAGUUUUAAAUCCGAAGGUUUAAUUAAGGUUCGAAUUCAUUCAGUAACACCUAACUAAAAACUGAACAUAUAUAUAUCACCCCUUAUUAAAAAAUAGUUACAAAUCGGUUCUUCAACUGUGAGAAUCUACAAUUGAGAAAAUGUAGUGUGUAUUGAUUUCUUCAACUGCAUGCAUGGUCGUUUGGAGAAUAUAAGUUUAAAUUUAUAGAUUGUCAACAAUCUAAAAAUUCUAACUCUUCGGAUUGUUGAAAAUAAAUUUUGAAAUGUUUAUUAUUUGGUAACUAUGAUUGUAAACAGUCAAUGAAAAUAAUUUUUUUAAUUUAUAUUAAAUAACAUGUUUAUCCUUAAUAAAAAAAUUAGAGUGGUUCGAGAAAUAUUAAAAAACUUUUUUGAUAAAUAUAUUUAAUAUUAUAAAUAAAUAUAAGAAAGAAAGAAAGAGAAAAGGUAGGAGAAAAAAAAUCUCACAAAUCAAGAUAUAGAAUCUCUCUGAUUAUGAAAGAUUUGAUAUACGUAAAUUUAGAGUUUUGAAAUCUCUAAAGCUAAAAUCUACCAUACAAAAAGCAACAAAAAACAUAAAUUUCUACAAAAAAAACUACGGACUUAAUGAAUCCACGCCUUAAAUCCUGUUCUCCAAACCACCCCACAGCUAUCGAAAUUUCAUACGAGGAGCUCAGAUUUCAUUUUUACAUGCAUUUUUCUUUUUGAUGGAUUUGUACAUGCAUUUGAGAAAAGCUAAACAAGCUGCUUUUAUAUUAUUUUCAUUCUACUAUUUACUAAACAACGAUUUUGAUUUCAUGUGCUUUUAUUUGUUGAUUUCUAAAUUUACGAGCAAGAUCAGAUAUAUAGAAUUACAUAUGAAUUUUAAAUAACACAAUGAUCGAUCAAUUUCUAAUAAUAAAAAUUAUAAUCAAAAUCAUAAUGUUCUCUUCUCCUCCGAUUACCCAUUAGGAAUCAGAACAUCCCACAAUGAAAUAGGGUAACUUGGUUGACAAAGGUCAUGCACAAAACCUCCAAUAUCAUGCUCUAGAAGUAUCAUCUGGUUUCGUACUUUCAUAUCAUCUUUCGGAUUCGCUGUAGAGUUUUUGGCGAUCAAUCAACACAAAUCCAGUUAUAAUUUGUCAAAAUAUUUUCUAGGAAUUACAUAUGUUAAGUUUAAUUGAUAUGAUCUAUAUAUGCCACAUGAUCCAUGCACGUUCAACGAAAGCCUACUCCACCAUUUCUGAUUUUUCUGACGACAAAUUGCCUGUAAGUAAUAAUUUGUCCAAUUUAAAGUACACAAAAUCGCAUCUAAUCAUGAAGCAGCGAUGUAACGCCAUAAUUAAAACUGAAAUUAUACCUACUAAUUAUUAUUAUGAUAUCAGGGUUCCUCCUUUUCCUACUUUAGCGUUGUAUCAAAACAUUAGAUAUACUUGUCAAACAAAAAUGUAAGCUCAUUAUGCAGCUGAUUAUAUUUUUAACGUGAAUACAUAUAUAUGAUUACUCGCAAUAACAUCGGAUUAAGGUGUAACCACUAACAACAAGUGCUUAACAUCAUAUUCGUAGACCCAAUCUUCAAGAAAUUGAGCACAUGGAAAUAAUACUUCGAAAAAUCAUUUCAAAACGUGUUUCUUGUUACAGAUUAUUUGAUUAAUUGAUUCCAUCAAAUAAUUACAUUAGCACGUUAUUUUAUCUUUUAAGAACAAAAGAAUUUAUAAGAU